AUCAGGGCAGUGUCUGUGGGUGGGAUCGGGAUUGUGUAGUACUUCCAUGUGUCCCCCUGCUCCAGGAGGCUCCAGGAGGAGGAGGUGCAUGGUGCUGGAGAUGAAGGACGAGCCUGAAAGCCUUCUCACUGAGGAGGGAGGGCGUCGCCUGAGCAGGGUAGCCUCGGUCACUCCAGUGGUUGGGAAGAGGAACUUUCCCGAGCAGCGUGAAAAUACAGCUGCUGUAGUCAGCCAAUCACAGGGCAGUGGGGAAUCUUGUAGGGAAUGUCGUUGGGCCUACGUGUUCUGAACCCCUCACAGCAACAUUAGCACACGGUGCGAUUGUCACUGUCUUAGUGGGAUUUUUUUAAUGCAAUAAUUCAGAUCCUGCAUUAUUUUAAAUCUACUUCUGCUCCUGGACCUCACCGAGAAGCUGGACAGAAAGAAACACCACCACCACCACCAGCACCAAGAGAAAAAACUUCAACUCUGAUUAUUUCUGGCAACAAAGAUCCAGGUGAAUGGUGAAUCCCCAUGGCUCUGACGGAGGCUUCCAAUGACCUUCUGCCACUCAAUAAUGGUGGAGUAUCUCAAAGCACGAGUGCUGCUCCACCCAGUGCACCUGCCAGCUCUGUCACAGAGUCUACACCGGAGACUAAUGAGAACACGGCGCAGAAAGCCAGAACAGUGACCAAAACGGAUCCACUGACCCAAACCAGUGUCAAGCAGAAACACUCUGUCCAGCCGUCCUCGUCCUCAUCCUCAUCCUCCACGCCUCCAUCCUCAGCAUUUUUGUCACAGUUCAGUUCUCCACAACUGUUACCUGCAUCUCUCUCUCAUCAUUCUAGAGCGUGUUGCCCUUUUCAAGAGCCUGAGUGCUGUAAUGGGGUACAGCAAGACGGAAGCUUUUUCCAGGGGUCUUUGCACUCGAGAAGGGCUCUUCACUUGGGCCCCUGCUGUGUCCAGGGGGCCCCCAGUUUCUGCAUGCAACACCAAUGGCAGGAGCAUUUUCAGAACCAGCCAAACAUGACCACAUUCAGCCCUGCAAGACCAUUUCGAUUCCCCAGAAGUUAUGCGGAGCUCAUUGCAGACUGGCCCGUGGUGGUCCUUGGUGUGUGUACUAUACUCAUUGUGGUAUGCACUUUAGUAGGCGUCCUUGUUCCAGACUUGCCGGACUUCUCAGAUCCGUUACUGGGCUUUGAACCUAGGGGCACUACCAUAGGUCAGAGGCUUGUGACCUGGAACAACAUGGUGAAAAACACCGGCUACAAAGCUACCUUGGCGAACUAUCCCUUUAAAUACGCGGACGAGCAGGCCAAAAGUCAUCAAGAGGAGAGAUGGUCAGAUGAUCACUUAGACAGAGAUAAAAGACAAGCAGAAUGGGACUUCAGUAAAGACAAUUUCUUCUGUGAUGUUCCAGGUGACAGCUACUCGAGAAUUGUGUUCACUUCUGCUGAAGGGAAGAACCUGUGGAAUAUAAACGCCAUCAAAUCCAUGUGCAAUUUCGACAAUACCAGGGUUCGCUCCCAUCCACAGUACUGGAGUUUGUGUCAGCGUGCCACAUCCGCCUCCUGUUGUCCGAGCUGGACUCUUGGGAACUACAUAGCUGUGCUCACCAACAAGUCGUCCUGCCAAAAGAUAACAGAACGGGAUGCAUCUCUGACCUUAAAGAUCCUGCGCUCCUGUGCCAAGUUCUAUUACAAUGGUACAUUAGGACCAGAGUGUUGGGACGUAAAUACACGCAGGAAAGACCUCAAGUGUGCCAGUGUCCCUAGAAAGUGCACCAAAUACAAUGCUGUAUAUCAUAUCCUACAUUUCUUAGUGGACAAGGAUUUCCUUAACCCGAAGAGUAUUGAAUUUCACCCACCUGAUCUCAAGUACAGCAUGUUGUUCUCUCCUACAGAGAAAGGUGAAAGUAUGAUGAACAUUUAUUUGGACAACUUCGAGAACUGGAACGCCACAGAUGGAAUCACAACCAUCACGGGUAUAGAGUUUGGCAUCAAACACAAUUUGUUCCAGGACUACCUUCUUACAGAUACUAUGUAUCCCGCAAUAGCAAUUGUGAUUGUACUAGUAGUUAUGUGUAUAUACACAAAGUCUGUUUUUAUCACCAUCAUGACCAUGUUUGCCAUCAUCAGCUCCUUAAUUAUCUCCUACGUCCUUUAUCGGGUCGUCUUCAAUUUUGAGUUCUUCCCCUUUAUGAAUCUCACAGCGUUAAUUAUUCUUGUUGGAAUCGGCGCAGACGAUGCUUUUGUGUUAUGCGACGUCUGGAACUACACAAAAAUCGACAAGCCAAACUCCGAGCUCUCUGAAAACGUUAAUGUCACACUCCAGCAUGCAGCACUUUCCAUGUUUGUCACCAGCUUCACUACAGCUGCUGCCUUCUAUGCUAACUACGUCAGCAACAUUACAGCCAUCCGCUGCUUUGGUGUCUACGCCGGAACUGCUAUCCUGGUCAAUUACGUUCUGAUGGUUACUUGGUUACCUGCUGUAGUGGUUCUUCAUGAGCGAUACCUGAUGAACAUCUUCAUGUGCUUCAGGUCUCCACAUCACACCACAAGCUUUUUGAAAAGCGUUUGUCAGAAUGCCAACAAGUGCCUGUUUGCUCUCUCCGAGUGUUCGCGCAUUUUCUUUGAAAAAGUACUGCCGUGCAUCGUAAUCAAACUGCGCUACCUGUGGCUCUUUUGGUUCCUGGUCAUAACUGCGGUUGGAGCGUAUAUCGUCUGUGUAAGCCCUAAAAUAAAACUUCCUUCCUUAGAGCUUUCGGAAUUCCAAGUGUUCCGCUCCACACAUCCUUUUGAACGGUACGAUGCAGAAUACAAAAAACUGUUCAUGUUUGAACGUGUCCACCAUGGAGAAGAUCUCCACAUGCCUAUCACCAUAAUAUGGGGCGUUAUUCCAAUAGACAGUGGUGAUCCCAUGAACCCUAAAAAUAAAGGGAAACUGACACUUGAUACAAGUUUUAACAUCGCCAGCCCUGCCAGCCAGGUCUGGAUUCUCAACUUCUGUCAGAAGCUCAGGAACCAAAGCUUCGUCUUCCAGUCUAAUAAACAAGAUUUCACCAGUUGCUUCAUGGAGACUUUUAAGCAGUGGAUGGAGAACCAAGACUGUGAUGAGGCUAGGGUCUACCCAUGCUGCAGUCAGUCCACAUUCCCCUACAAACAGGAUGUCUUUGAGUUGUGCAUCAAGCGAGCUAUUAUGGAGCUGGAUCGCAACACUGUCUAUCAUUUGGACAGUAAGACGCCGGGGCCGAGAUUUGACAUUAACGAUACAAUCCGUGCCAUUGUGCUUGAAUUUCAUAGCACCUAUCACUUCACCUUAGCAUAUGAAAAAAUGCACCUGUUUUACCAUGAGGUGGAUUCCUGGAUCCAGGAAGAGGUAAAGAACGCUCCAGAUGGAUUAAACUAUGGUUGGUUUGUCAGCAACUUGGAAUUCUAUGACCUCCAGGAUAGCCUGUCUGAUGGAACUCUUGUUGCCAUGGCACUGUCAGUGGCAGUCGCUUUCAGUGUUAUGCUUCUAACUACCUGGAACAUCAUUAUCAGCCUUUAUGCCAUUAUCUCUAUAACUGGGACCAUUUUUGUAACCGUGGGAUCAUUGGUGCUCUUGGGAUGGGAACUAAAUAUACUGGAGUCUGUUACCAUCUCAGUGGCUGUAGGGCUUUCUGUGGACUUUGCAGUACAUUAUGGCGUAGCGUACCGUCUUGCUCCAGAACCCGACAGGGAAGGGAAGGUGGUUUUUUCACUGAGUAGAAUGGGUUCUGCGAUUGCCAUGGCAGCUCUUACCACUUUUGUUGCUGGAGCAAUGAUGAUGCCAUCCACAGUACUGGCUUACACCCAGCUUGGCACAUUUCUGAUGCUAAUCAUGUGUAUCAGUUGGGCAUUUUCUACUUUCUUUUUUCAGUGCAUGUGUCGUUGUAUCGGUCCACAGGGCACUUGUGGACAGAUUCCCAUGCCUAAUUUGUUUGCGAAGUGUCAUGCUUUCAAAGCAGGUUCUUCUAACUCAUCGUCUGCCUACUGUGAAGGAAAACCUUGCCAGACAAGCAAAUACCAGUCAGAUACCAGGGGACAAGUGGUGGAGUAUGAACUCGAGCCAUUGGCGACUAAUGUUGGAAAUGCAGAAAAAACAGAGGUCCAAAAAGAAUGUAGUCCACUAACCAAUGAAAGUACUCUUCAACAUGCAUCUUCUUGCUGUCAGUUGAAAAACAGCUGUGCAAAAGAACAUUCUGAACCUAAUGGCAUGACAAGCACAGAUCCUGUAUAUCUGCAUAAUUACUCUUACAGUACUGGUUGUACCUGUGGUCAUUUUUUGUCCCAGCACACACUGAGCACACAGUGGCCCCUUCACCACACCUGUAUGCAAGAUAAAGAGUGUCCAUGCCUAGCUUCACAGUUUACCUCAACAGGUAAUCAUGUAGCCAAAGAUCAGAGCAUCUACUCCACAUUAACACGUAAUACAAUGCACACAACUACCAAUCAUGAGGUGAACAGUGUCCACUGCGUUCCUGCCCAUUUCCACAAGUGUUCCCAGGCUCCAUCUACAAGAACUAGCUCUCUUAAAAAGCAUGGCUGCUACCUUCGGGGAUGUAGCAUGCACACAUUGCACCAUCAGUCCCCAGACCACCCACCUGGUGAUUCAGGACCUGUUGAAUCCCACUCAACCAGUCCAUCCAAAGGUCCACCUGAUGCUCUCAUCGCUCGAGCUCACACUCAGCUUUCCACAGUUCAGUGCUGCAUGUUACCUCAGACACCCAGAGACUGUAUGACUGAUGACGGAACAAAUAAGUCAGGGGGCACAUCAUUAAACCACCUAAAAAACAAGGUGCAAGAUUACAGUGAUAAACAUAAAAUGGCUCCUUGCAUGUUUGACAGAAGUGUCCACUGCAAACAGUGCCAUAGAACAACGACUGAAGACUCGCCCAAAAGAGACAGUUACUUAAAUGGCAGUAUAAAAGUAAACUGCAAGCCAAAAACUGAUGCAAAUGUUCAAGUCCUUCCCUUUAACUCCCUCACUUUAUCUGAAAGUUUAUGCUGAUGAAGAGGGUAAAACUUGAAGGCCAUACAAUGUGUUCCUCCGCAGUUCAGUGUGUCCACUUAUGCAAUUACUGUCUAUUGUGUGUCCUGUAGAAAUUUGUAUUCUUGAAUCAUAAUGUUUACAUGGUUCUCACUGGCCCUUUGCUAACGAUGUAUGUCAUUUGCUGGAGAUCUUCUCAUGCGCACAUGACCUAUAUACUUUAUUUCCUGAUAAUGUUACUAACUGGAGUCAAAAUGUAUAAAGUGUUUAUAAGCAAGAUGGAUUAUCGCAUUAUAUAACUGAUUAAGAAAUGACCAAAAUGAUGAAUGAUGACAUGAUGGUUAUUAAAAAGAUCAAAUCAA